ACUCCCUCAACCAAGUUGUUGUGUGCUGUUCCCUUGUUCGACAACAACUAUCUCGCGUGAAUCCCCCAAUGCGGCUUGGUGACUCAGAUCGAAGGAGCACGGACCAAUCAUAGUUGCCUGGCCCUUUAAAUACAGCCCGCGUCCUGCGUCUCUGUCACAUGCUUCUGCUUCUGCUGUGCGCUCUUGUCACUCUUCCCUCUUAACCCUCUCACUCAGAAGGCAUUAUGGAUCGGGGCCUCUCAACAGGCACUCACCUUGGGGAUGACGGGCUUCGCGAGAGGAUUCCAACCCUUCAGUCCCAGUCAUCCCUCGGCACUGGGGCACUCACUGCUGCUGGCGAGGUCGAAGCCAAGGACAGUGCAAACAAAGACAAGAAAACCUUUGGCCGGACCCCUGACGGUACAGGUAGGGAUUGUCCCGGAUUAUACUUCGAGCCCGGUUGAUAGUUGCAUGUCCAUGCCAUCGGUUGACAAUGGCGUACCUUAUCUUCCUAGUGGCGGAAUUAUUCGGCUAACUUGCAUGAUUGUCUCAGUGUUCACGGUGCCCCAAACCCAUGACAUGGUCUCUCAACUCCUGUCGCCCUCGGAACCUAAAAAUUUGUCGGACCUCAUAGUUCUGGCGAUCUUGGGAGCACACAUCCUUCUGCUGUGGUGGCUCCCAGUAGGUGCUAAAAUACCAGUGUUUGCAGCCAUCUAUCUCUUCUGGCGUGCAGCUUACAAUGCUGGAAUAGGAUGGCUUCUUCACAACCAGUCUCAUCACAAGACUUUGGUCCGCUGGGCGGAGAAGACCAGGAUCUUUGUGAACCCGUCUACCAACGAGAACCCACACCCUCACUUGUAUAAACUGCUCAAGCGGGAACUGGAGACUAAAAUUCCUACAGACUACUCAUUUGAAGAAGCCCCGAUUGAGUACAACACCUGGCUGGUCUUUAGACGUCUGGUGGAUCUGAUCUUGAUGUGUGACUUCACAUCAUAUUGUCUCUUUGCUAUAGCAUGUAGCCACCAUCCUCUGGGUGAGAGCAUGCUGAUGACGAUAUUGCGUUGGUCGGCCGGCAUUGUGCUGGUCCUGUUCAACCUUUGGGUCAAACUAGACGCACACCGCGUGGUCAAAGACUAUGCUUGGUACUGGGGAGACUUUUUCUACCUCAUCGACCAAGAGUUGACGUUCGAUGGCGUCUUCGAAAUGGCCCCCACCCCAUCCAGUUACAAGGUGCUAUUCAUCUCCAUAAUCGCCCAUGCAGCUCAAUUCGCCUUUCUGGUGCUUGUCGAAAACCCGCAUAUCGACAAGACGUACAAUCCUCCUCCACCGCGGAAGCGUAUGACGGAACAAGAAUCUGUAUCUGCAUCAUCUCAAACCACCGAGCCCUCCAAUGCGCCAGCAUCGGUCGAUGAUCAACUGCCCCAAGCGACAAUGUACCCAAGCAACCCUCCUCCAUCGGUCCACGACUUGCUGGGAUUCAACAACUUGGAUUUGUAUCGCACGACAGAUACUUCCUCGGUGUUGGUCCAGUUCCUCGUAUUCGCACUCACUGUGCUGACACCCUCGACGCCACGAUACCAGUUCCUGUUCGUGGCCAAUGCUACAAUCUGGAGACUUUGGUUUUCGAUCGGUAUCGGCUAUCUUCUGAACGAGCAAUCCAACUGUAAAGCGUGGACCCGGCAUUUCCUUAAGUAUGGCGAGACUCCGAGCGAGGCAUGGAACCAGUGGAAAGGCACCUAUCACCUAAGCAUGAUUAUGUGCUACGCUAGUUUCAUCGCUGCUGUAUGGAAAAUGUACACCUUCCCCGCCGACUGGGGCUACGGUCUGGUUUUGCUCCGCCAUGUUCUGGGUGCCGGGCUCAUCAGCCUGCAGAUCUGGACCUCGGCCAGCAUCUACGAGUCGCUCGGGGAGUUCGGCUGGUUCUAUGGGGACUUUUUCUUCGACGGGGCUCAUAAAUUAACGUACAACGGGAUCUAUCGCUUCCUGAACAACCCCGAACGAGUGCUGGGUCUGGCUGGCGUCUGGGGCGCUGUCUUGAUCACAAGUAGUGGGGCAGUUACGUAUCUGGCCCUUCUAAGUCACAUUCUUAGCCUGGCUUUCAUUCAAUUCGUCGAACGUCCUCACAUGCAGAAGCUCUAUGGCCGCAGCCUGCGACAGGAUGCGGGGCUGGUCAAGAGCCUGAAGCGAACUCUGCCUCCGACUCUCCGACAGCUUCACGGAAGCGUCGACAAGAUCUUCGAUGACUCUUUCGAGUUUAUCGAGGAUCUUAUCGAUACCGCACGCCCAAGACUGGCUUCUGGCGUUAACACAUUUGUCAAAGAUACAACUGCACUAUUCCAGAAGUACCCCGCUCGUGUAACCAUCUCCCGAAUUGACGAGGACCUUGCUGGAUUUGAUUCACGGGAUUAUACUCUGGAAAUUGAGGGCACUGAUUCAUCAUCAUCUCUCGAUGAGUGCGACAAGAGCAGCGGCAGAGAAGGUGCCAAUGCCCGCGUGCCUCUCGACAGACGAGGUGACUUGAAGAACCUGGUGUUCGAGUACGGGUCCCCAAUCAAGGUCAAAUGGACAGCACCUCUCAAUCACUCCAAGAAGGACUGGAUUAGCCUGUACCGCGUUACUGAUAACACUUCUCGGGAGGUCUCGCGUGUCUCUUCUCAAGCCAGAUGGGUCGCAGUGAACGAGGGAAUCUACGACAAUCUAACCUGCGAGAAGGGCAUCAUGAGUAGUGAUGUUGUGGCUAAGAAUGAGGAGAAUCGCGAUGUCGCUACCGGCGAAGUCAUUUUCUCUGGGGAUAAGCUCUUCUGGACUCAGGGUGUCUUCGAAUUCCGCUAUCACCAUAACGGCAAGCAUAAUGUCAUGGCAAUUUCGAGGCCUUUUGAGAUCCGUAUCCGCCGGUUCGAUGAGGAAUCAUUCGAAGACAACCAAAUGUCUGUCGAAAAGAGCCUGCUCCCUGUUGUCCGCAACUGCUUCGACUGCGACCCUGAAAUUGCCCCGGAAACAGUCGAAGAGCAAUUCGGAAGCCUGGUAGAACGAGACGGGAAGUUCGCUAAAAGAGUCGUCUUCGCCGUGCAUCAGAUGUUCGGUAUUGAAUUCGCUCCCGAAGUUGUCCGAGCUGAUGGGACCGUUCGGAACCUGGCUUGGAGAAUAUGUAAUGCGAAGAGAGUUCUCGCUCCUUACAGCAUGACUAGAGAUGGUGCUACAACGCCCACCGAGAGAAACGAGGAGAAGGUAGAGGCAUAAUGGUUUCUAUUGACAGGGGGGAGGAUGAAAGAUACUUGCGGGCUUUCAUGUUUAUUUGUUUCGCGGCUCGACCCCUAAUGACUGGGAAUGCAUUCUGUUUUGUCGCAGCUGCGUGGUGACUCGGAAAGGUGAAAAUAAAAUGGGUAGAGAAAUGAAAUUCACGGUCUUCAGGUGUACAUAGCCUUUAUAGUACAUAUCCCAUUUCUGUUUCCCUAGUGCUUAGGUUCUACAGGGAAUACACGGGGGUUAAUUAUCCGAAUGCAGC